GUGUCUGUGCAGUCUCUCACUCGAAUACUUAUACUGCAUGGAUUACUGUAUAUGGUUUUACUCCAGUUGAAAUAGUCUUAGCUAUGAGGCCUCACUUGCUCUUCUUCAUGCUCCUCCUUCGUCUCUGUGGUCUUUCAGAAAGUCAACAUCUCAGCUCUGUGACUAAAGUGUCUAUACAGAGAGGACAAACCAUCACCAUUCCAUUCCUCUAUACUCAGACGUACAAACAUCACAAGAAAGUCUGCAAUCGAGGAACUACACCCUAUGGAGAUUGGGAUGCUGAAGUACAGAAUGGAAAUAAGAGGAGCACUCGGGUCAUGUCCAUGUCUGAUGAUGUCACCAACAACAUUUUCACUCUGACUGUGAGGAUGGAUGUUGGAGUUCCAUAUCCUAAUAUGAAUGUUAAGAAAUAUCAUUGUAGUGUUGCAAGAGGUGGACCAACUAAUGACAAAGAGUUCAGUUUGUUAGACGCAGGAGGUACUCCAGAGCUCCAUGUUCAGAAUCAAACUGUAUUUGGAUAUGAAGGUGGGGAUGUGGAUAUAAAAUGCCUCCAUAGAAACCUCAGUGGAGAGAAGAAGUGGUGCAGAGUUGAUGGAUCUUGUCUGGAAGCUGGAGAAGUGGAUGGCAUGUCAGUGGAGACAGCAGAUGUAGCAGGAGUGUUCAGAGUGACUCUGAGGAACCUCCAGGAGAAGAACAGCGGCUGGUACUGGUGCUCUGUGGGACAGUUCCAGAUGCCUGUUCACAUCACUGUCAGUAAGGGGACCAUUCCUCACACCACCAGCAUCACUGAGACAACUCCAACAACAGAGAUGUCUCUCAGCACUGCAGAUGGUGUCUCAAAUAGCACUAGAAACACCCAGAAAGAUCACAUUAAACUAGUUCUCUACUGUCUUCUGGGAGUUCCACUGCUGAUCAUUAGUGCUGUAAUAUGCUUCAUACUAAAGAAACAGAAGAACAAAAGAAGUCUUGGGACAGGCAGAAAGUCCAAUCCUGAGUCAUCUGAACCUGAAGUCACAUACACCUCUCUGAGUUUCAAGAAAGGAUCAAAAAAUGCAACAAAACAAGAAAUAUCUAGACAACACCACACCAGACACCAGGAUGUGACAUACAGUUCUGUUGCCUCACAAAUGGCUGGAGAUGAUGUCACUUACAGUCAUGUUUCCCAUCAAAACAGAAGCAUAAGAAAGGCAAUGAGGUAUCCUGUAGCUGAUGAUGUUACCUACAGUGCUGUUUCACAAAAACAUGCCCAGGCUGGAGAUGAUGUCACUUACAGCCAUGUUUCCCACCAAAACAGAAGCAUAAGAAAGGCUAUGAGGUAUCCUGUAGCUGAUGAUGUUACCUACAGUGCUGUUUCACAAAAACAUCCAGCUUUGAAAAGCCAGCCAAUGAUGUGAAUCUGGGAAAAUAAUCUCAAGUGGAUAUCACUGCAUCUCUCUGCUGCCUCCUCCUCUUGUUCCUCUGUUUUUAGACCAUUUGAUUAUGCCAGAACUACUGUAACUAGGUUUUUGUUACAUCUAUCAUUGAUAACUCUGUGAAGGUUGUCAAUUAAUAAAUGAAUGUCUACAUGUCAA